AUGCACAAUAGAUUGGCAAGUGGGGCUGAAAACAAUGCUCUUUUGUUUCAAGGCGAGGGGGAGCUUGAGGGCUUGAUGGUUCCCGGCGCGGCGGAGAGAUAUGUUGUGGACGAGACGAACCGGUCAAGACGACAAAAGACUAAGAGGACAGAUGGGAUUCUCUAUAUAGCGAAAUUUUGUCGCAGAGAAGAGAAAAGUUUCGUUGGUGGAACUACGGAUCCGAAGACAUCAUACUGCGUGAAGGGCGGGUCCGUGGAGAUGGCCAUGAAGGGGAACGGAAAGGUUAAAAAAGGUCGACUCCAAUCAAGCUACUCUGGCGAUGGAAACGAGAUGGAGGAAUUGGCUGGGCAGUAA